GUUGGUGUGAAGAGUGAGGAGACAUCGAGCUCGAUGGAGGAGGGUAUUUUCGUGGCGAAGACGAUUGAUUACAGACCGAAAGGUCAAAUAACCCAUCUGAAGGCAUCCAAUUCCGAAAUGUUGUUGGUAAUCGGCGGCAGGCACUUAAUUCAUAUACCCUUACAUAAUAUUGGCACCCAAAUUGGUUUGAGAGCUGCGUUGGUGGCAGUCAUUGUUGCGUUGUGUUGUGGUGGUGAGUGGUCGGGUGCGUGGGUGGGUGUGUUGGCGUGUUUAGGGUAUUGGGUAGUUGUGUUUAUUUUAGGUACCCUACUAGAGACCCAAAUUCAAUCGGACGGUACCAUAGUGUAUUCAAAGGAAUUAAUUCGGAAUUUAACUGGUACCCUACUAGAGACCCAAAUUCAAUCGGACGGUACCAUAGUGUAUUCAAAGGAAUUAAUUCGGAAUUUAACUGGUGAAAAGGAUAUGCCGAUCACGGAUAUUGAGCUGAUGCAGUGCUAUGAGGAAGGCGAUAAGCAGAGAUGGGCAGUUUUCGUGUGUACACCGGGGCGUUUAUACCCUCUAACGGGGACGUUACCGCAAAAAACAGACCGUUCCGUAGUGCAGCCAGUGGUGGGUGCCAUCUGGAAUUCGUCGCUGAUCGAGGAGUCGUCUGCGGUGUUGCAGCCGUUAUUCAGUUUUAAAGAAAUGCCACGGUAUCACUGUUGUGACCCAUCGCAACGUAAUUUGCCGAGUUCAUUCGUAAUCCAUCCAAAGAAUCAGUCAUCUGCGGGGGAAUUCAAAUUCUGCUGGAUAUCUUCGCAAGGUUAUACGCUUGGUGCUAUCAAUUUACAUACAGAUGACGCGUUUAAUAUGAUUACCGAGGAGGCUCCCAUACCACAUCGUCUAGUGAAUGGUCGGUACGAUUAUCCGUUGGAUAUUGCGUUGACGGAUUAUCAUUUGGUGAUUAUUUUUGGGGAUCGAUUCGAGGCGAUAUCGAUUUUGAAUCAAAAGUGUACAUUUAACGAUGUGAUUGCGAUCGUUGAUACUGAAGAUAGUAUGUGGGAGUUAGGUGUGGUAGAUGUUUGGGUGGCGCAGUCCGAGUCAUGUCAGCUGCGUGGAAUGUGUCGUGAUAAUGUGACCGAAUUGAUCUGGGUUUAUACCGACUCGAAUAUCAUUCGAUAUCGACCGAAUGAGGAGGGAAAGAGUGUGUGGCGUAUCCACCUGGAACGCGGUGAAUACGAUAAAGCGUUAUCGAUAACGGAUCACCUCAAGGAUCGAGAACCCUAUCAAUUGGUCAUUAAGAAGCAAGCCGAGAAAUUUAUUGCCGAGAAAAAAUUCAUCGCAGCUGCCGAACUGCUGGCGCAAUCAACGGAUCCGUUCGAAAUUUCGGUUUUGAAUUUUCUGUCGACCCAAGAGAAUCGACGUGACGGAUUGAAGCGAUUUUUGGAGUUACAGCUGAGUAAAAUGACGUCAUCGGAG